AGUUUCUGCGCAGGCUUGAAUGGUUUCUGUAUUUUUCGUAAUUUGUUAGGUGUCGUUUCAACGAUCUUUUGUUGUGUUUGCUGAACAUCGCGAUUAACGUAUUUCAUCAUGUCUUUUAUGCCGUUGUGGCCAAAUUUACAACCCAGAGCCACAGAUCCUCUGUGGUUCAACGCUGACAGGCCGUGCGACGAUGAAAGCGAGGUAGCUGCUCUCGAAGCGGAACACCAAGCAUGGAGAGAACACGUUCGUGUGCAAGGAUUCGAUCACAUCCCGAUUGGCAAAACUGUCAGUGAUUUCAGAGGAUCGGGAGAGGAAGAGGAUGACGAUGACGAGGAAGAGGGCGAGGAGGAGGAGGAAUCGGAUACCCACGAGGAGGAAGAGGAGGAAUUGGACGAAAUCGAUAUGGAAGUAAGUUAUUCGCAUCAACAACGGAUAUCCAGACCAACGGACACAGGAACGGAUCCAGUAUCCAUCAGAAUGGUCAGCGCCCCCCCUGGUCGUUACUCUUAAUCCAAGCUGCGGUUCCCGUUCGUCUCUAAUACAUUGUACGUUUUACUUUUCAUAAUUUAACAAUCGCCUAGUAUAC